AUGGAGGCCGCCAGAGACACAAAUGGCACGGCCUCUGAACAGGUUUCGGAGGGAGCGCAUACUACUCAAUUCAAGUAUCUGUCCGCGGCAACCAUUUACCUGUCGAUAUUUGCACUUAUACUCCUCCUCGCGAGCUUGAUAAUCGUUUCAAUAUCAUCACCUCUCGGCGAGACUCAUGGAUGGCAAUAUCUAGCGACUUUUCGACUGCUAACUAUUUCUGUAUUGAUGAUUGUAUCUCUAGCUGUCUCGACCGUCUAUAUCUACGUUGACUGCCCCACUCUCCUGGGUAUUAUCGUCAACGGUACACUGCUACGGUAUUACACUAUACAACUCGACGGCUUCCAUGCCAUAUAUCCCUGGCAGUCGUUAUGCAUGCCAUACCGACACUACCCCAUGUACCCUGGUGGACCAAGAGAUCCAUUUCCCCCAGUCAUAUACCCACACCCAGCGUGCAAAGACUGGAAGCUCGCCCUGAAGAUUUUGAUGGGCAUCGCUGCAGGCGCUGCCAUCCUCGUAGGGCUUAUUUAUUUGUAUAUUUUGCUUGUCCUACUUCGCAAAAGUCGGUUCUGGCGGCGCGAGACUUGGACCAUUCCACCAGGAACUCAUGUCUCACUGUCGUUUAGCUUGAAACGAACGUCGACUGCAGCUCCCUCUUCCGAGCCAGAACAUGGCCCAAUAUAUAUCUAG